ACGGGCACAAGCAUCUCUUUGUACUAGUGCUCUGUUCCCUGCAGAGAGCUACAUUUAGAGGAUUUUACUUAUAUCUGGUGAUCAAGAGGAAAAAGUUGGAUUUGUUAGUCUGCAAGACCAGGGUAUCCCCUCCUUUACCCUGCAGUUACUGUCAUUCUCUUUUGCAGGAAGAUCGUUCUUAAGCUUAACAACAAGCAGUUGCUGCCCAGUGUUGCUAAAUGAUUAACAGGAGUCAGUGACCUGUAAGUGCUCAUUAUGAAGAGAGAUCUGGUUUUCUUGGUGACUCUAAUUAGCCUUGCCUUCCUGUCACUGCUAAGGUCUGGAUAUUCUCAACAUAUUGCAGAGGAGUCCUGCUCUGUUCAAAUUCUUGUUCCAGGCCUCAAAGGGGAGGCUGGAGAAAAGGGGGAGAAAGGUGCUCCAGGUCGUCCAGGCAGAGUUGGGCCUCCAGGAGAAAAAGGAGAAAUGGGGGACAAAGGACAGAAAGGCAUCAUGGGACGGCAUGGGAAAAUUGGUCCUAUUGGUUCAAAAGGUGAAAAAGGAGACAUAGGUGACAUAGGACCACCAGGUCCUAAUGGUGACCCAGGCAUCCCCUGUGAGUGCAGCCAGCUAAGGAAGGCUAUCGGUGAGAUGGAUAUCCAAGUGGCCCAGCUGACAACGGAACUAAAAUUCAUUAAAAAUGCACUGCCCUCCCCCGCAGCUGUUGCUGGUGUGCGUGAGACAGAUAAUAAGAUAUAUCUGCUGGUGAAGGAAGAGAAAAGAUACAAGGAAGCCCAGCUCUACUGCCACGGAAGAGGAGGGACGCUGAGCAUGCCCAAGGAUGAGACUGCCAACAGUCUGAUCGCCUCGUACAUCAACCAAGCUGGGCUCACCAGAGUUUUCAUUGGGAUUAACGACCUAGAGAAAGAGGGAAAUUUUGUCUAUUCUGACCGAUCACCCAUGCAGACCUUCAACAAAUGGCGUAGUGGGGAGCCCAACAAUGCCUAUGAUGAGGAGGACUGUGUGGAGAUGGUGGCGUCUGGAGGGUGGAAUGAUGUUGCAUGUCAUAUUACCAUGUAUUUUGUGUGUGAAUUUGACAAGGAAAAUGUGUAAGCUUGUCUGCUCUAUCUUUAUUUUAAGAAGAGAUUUUAAGCUGAUUGUACAAGUUACCCCAUGUUUAUAAAGUACAAAUGAUAUUUUGCAAGUGCGUGGCAUCAAUGUUGUACAGCUGUAAAUACAAUUUAGGUAUUUCAAAUAUCAGUAUUUACCCUUCAGAAGGGAAGAGCAAUGAUGAGACAUAGCUUGUUUUUCUGUAGGAAAAUAUGUGUAUUUAGAUAAAAAUGUGGUUUGGGCCAAAUUCUGCCCUCACAAUAGUUAACAAAUAUGACUGUGUGACUGUAAGGGAAGGCAGAAUUUGGCCUCUAGUUGUUAGAAUGAUUAUUUCUGAAGAAGUAGAUUCCUGAUAUUCUUUUAUCUUAACAAAAUUUGUAGUUAUAAAUGUUAAUUGCUUGUAGUGUUACAGGGAUAUUUCCGUAACAAGGCAACUAUUUUGUAUACUCCAGUUAAUAAUUACAAAUAUUACUGUAAGAUUUUGGAUGUGAAGGUGUUACAACUCUCUUCUUUUUAAAACAUCCAAAGCAAACCAACAAAUCAGGAGUCCUGCCAAUUUGAUAACAUGACUUUAUUAAACUGUUCACAGUUGUAUGGGAGACACUUAAGAAAACUGUGUUUCAGAGUUGAGAGAGGACAGAGUUCUUAUAAUUUAGUAUUGAAAGAGGGAUCCAGCCAGAUGGCUGUUUUGGGUUGGCUAAAGGUAAAUGUGAGAUUUUGGUUUUCUGCAUUCUGUAACUGAGAAUGAUUCAGCGCAUGAACUCUUUCAGGCCCCAAAUAAUUUCUUAAAGUACACGCAUUUCACAUUUGCAUAAGGUGAUCUUGGUGCAUCUUGUUACAAACCAAACAAAAUUUACACAUUUACACAAAACCCACAAUUUAAUUCAGACUCCAUAAAUAGAUAGUGAAUUGUAAUGUUGACCCCCUGAAAAGCAGCAAAAGUUUCCAAAAUUUUUGUCAUUGUGUAUAUAAGCAGUAAUAAGUAACUUUGCACAAAUGAUUUAUGUACCACAUUUACAAUUGCAUGUGAUUGAAAAAUGUGAUGUAUAUUAAAAUAAACCCCAACAACAUAAUUUCACAAAGGAAAUUAUGAAUUACUUUGGAUCUUCCUAGGAGCCGGUUGCAUGACAUCUUAUCUUCCUGUCAGACAUAGAAAGAUGACUGCAGAAUCUCUGACUGCGUUUCCUCAGCAGUACCUUGCAGAGUGUUUUGAUUUUUAAGGAGGAACGAUCCUUUGUAUAACAUAGUAAUCAAAAUACAUAUCUGAUCAAUAUCAGAGAUUAGUCUACAACAUACCCACAGAGGAUGUGGUAUGUGGCUCCAGAGAUUUCCCUGUAGCAAUGCAAGACCAACUCAUCAACUCUACAGUGCUGUGGUAUAUAAAUAAUCAAUGACCACACAAUUCUGUUCAUAUCUACAGAAUCUGAAAAUAUUUGAUGCAAUGCUAUUAUUUUAUACCUAAGAAAACAAACCAUUUUGCUUGCUAUAUUUGCUCUGUGACUUUGAAUCCAUUAUAUAUAUAAUUUCAUAUAUAUAAUGGGUAUUAUUAAUAUUAUUUUUUGAAGAUCAGUAGCAAAUUCCUAUAGUAUUUGAAUAUCAGCCUGGCUCCAGAGCGGUUGUUCUAAGAAAUGAACAUUCCUUUGAUAGCUUUGCUUUCUUUCUAAUAAAAGUAGGUAUCAUUCCUGUAUGCUAGGCAUUCUUCCAAGUGUAUAUUGAAAUCUAUUAAAUAAUGUGAAUAUGGUUCUACAAUAAUAUUCAAAGACUCUUUACAGAUUUUGCAGGGAGCUAAGAAUUUCAUGGUAUGAUUUGUUUGUUUAGAAUAGUGCCUUUUGAGUAUAAUGAUUGUUUCCUGCCUGCUGUAGAAAUCCUCAGAAGCCAUUUAAAUCUCCAACAUACUUUUGUUGAAUCACUGUGGCUAUAUUAAAACAGACCAAACGUGAAUUACAGAUACCUGGAGCUCCCUCAUUAUAUAUGUGCUGAAGUUGCUAACUUUAUUGUUCACUCAGGUUUUGAAAGUCUCUAUUGUAAUGUUUGAUUUCCUCAGAAACAUGAAAAGAGGCCUUCUGAGGAGGUGGGAAGCUUUUUCAGAUGCCAAAUACUCCUAUUUUAGCCGAAAGUCACACCAUGUUUAUAGAGAUUGAUUUGACAUGUAGAACAUUUAAGCAGUCUCAAUUCUUAUUAAAAUUUAAGAUGAAAAAUAAAG